UUUGGACUGAGUCUUGCUCUUAUUGAAAUGGCUCCCAAGAGAAGACCGGUUCCCCUGAACAUUACGCCCAUCGGAGAGGGACAGGCCAUCUCCACGACCAUCGAUGCUGCAUCCGAGGCAAACUUUGAAGCCCUGCAGAAGAAACUAGGCGAGUUGGACCUGGAUGAACAGCAGAGGAAACGUCUGGAGGCCUUCCUGACGCAGAAGGCUCAGGUUGGAGAGCUGAAAGAUGAUGACUUUCACCCUAUCUGUGAGCUGGGUGCAGGAAAUGGAGGAGUGGUAAACAAAGUCCGCCACAGGCCCUCGAGUUUGGUCAUGGCUCGGAAGUUAAUCCACCUGGAGAUCAAACCUGCCAUCAGGAACCAGAUCAUCCGAGAGCUGCAGGUGCUUCACGAGUGUAACUCCCCGUACAUCGUGGGCUUCUACGGGGCCUUCUACAGCGAUGGAGAGAUCAGUAUCUGCAUGGAACAUAUGGACGGCGGAUCCUUAGACCAGGUGCUGAAGGAAGCCAGGAGGAUUCCUGAAGAUAUCCUGGGCAAAGUCAGCAUAGCUGUAUUGAGAGGGCUGGCCUAUCUGAGGGAGAAGCACCAGAUCAUGCACAGAGACGUCAAGCCCUCCAACAUCCUGGUGAACUGUCGCGGGGAGAUCAAGCUCUGUGACUUUGGCGUGAGCGGCCAGCUCAUAGACUCCAUGGCCAACUCCUUCGUUGGAACGCGCUCCUACAUGUCGCCGGAGAGACUGCAGGGCACCCACUACUCGGUGCAGUCGGACGUGUGGAGCAUGGGCCUGUCCCUGGUGGAGCUGGCCGUGGGCCGCUACCCCAUCCCGCCGCCCGACGCCAAGGAGCUGGAGGCCGUGUUCGGGCGGCCCAUACCGGACGGCGCCGAGGGAGAGCCGCACGCCACCACCCAGAGGCCCCGGCCGCCGGGACGUCCCGUCAGCGGACACGGGGUGGACAGCCGGCCCGCCAUGGCCAUCUUCGAGCUCCUGGACUACAUCGUGAACGAGCCUCCCCCCAAGCUGCCAAACGUCUUCACCGCCGACUUCCAGGAGUUCGUCACUAAGUGUUUGAUCAAGAACCCAGCCGAGAGAGCCGACCUGAAGAUGCUGAAGAACCACACCUUCAUCAAGAGAGCGGAGGUGGAGGAGGUGGAUUUCGCCGGCUGGUUAUGCAGAACCAUGGGGCUGAACCAACCAAGCACCCCCACCCGCGCCACCGACUGAAACACACACACACACACACACACACACACACACACACACACACACACACACACACACACACACACACACACACACACACACACACACACACACACACACACACACACACACACACACACACUGCCCAGCGAAUACGGUUUCUGUUUGCUCCGCCUCCCCCCUUCAUUGACUCCUCCUCCAACAGCAGCGACGGGGGGGGGGGGGGGGGGGGGGGGGGGUGGUAUGUACCGUAAACAAAGAUGGCAGCCUUGGCCGGGUCGUGCCAAAGCAGCCCCCCUGUCCUCUUGUCCCCCCCCAAACCGCCAUGUUGUUAUUAGUGUUAUCGCGCGUCACCACGUUUUGUAUUAUUGUAUUUUCUUUUUGUUGGCGGAGGUUUGAUGGCUGCACUUAAGCGGUCGUUUAACGGCGGGUUUGUGGCCCAGAGGAAACUGCCCCAAAAACAUGUACACUCCUCUGCGUGUGAAGUACAAUUAUGGCUUUUAAUGUAAAGGUAAAUAGUUGUUUUUUGAUGGUCCGUUUUCUUUUUCUAUUUCAUGGAUCUGUAUUUGUCUGAGGCAUCGCCGAGCCUGGGGGAGAGGCAUCGCCGAGCCUGGGGGAGAGGCGGGUGGAACGGCCGGCAAGUUGACAUUUGAAUGAGUGGCGUCCUAGGGUAGGAGUACGGUCAGUACCGCUGUCUCUUCUGGGCUCGGUGUUGGUUUGGAUGGGAGGUUGGUAAACGAGCGUCGUUAGAAAUCAUGACGUCCCCGACCAAAGAGAACGCUCGCGACCACAAGAGUUCAGGACGCCAGCCUCGACCCCCUUUUAUUUGUCCUAUUUUUGCUUUGAUACGUAUUUGAUUGUAGACACGUUAAAAGUCUCAGUGGGUUGGCGGGGGUCAGUCACUCAUGGGAUGACGGCACUGGUUCCCACAACACGAUCUCACGCAGCACGCUUCCAAGUGGGACCGUGUGGCGCCGACGUCUCUCUGACUCCAGCGAACGCACCGCGGUCGACGAGAUACUCGACGGCCGAUAUAGCAUGGCUUAUUAUCUUUCUUAUACCGUCUGUGUGUGUUUGAGUUCCUUAAGUCAUGGUGGUGCAAGAGGUGGUUCAGUUAUUACUAUUUUUUAAUCAAAUGCUUGAAUUUGGACUAUCAAUGGGAAUGCAAUCCUGUUUUGUCAGUGUGUGCGUGGAUAAUCUCCCCCGGGACCCUGGGUUUACACGUCUCAGUGUUUUUGUUUUUUUUCCUCUUUCCUUUUCAUAAGUGUUGCAAUUUAACGCGCAAAAUUGCUGUACAAUUCCAAAGCGAGAUCAAGUUGGCUUUGGGCUUCACUCUUCUGCUAAAGGAGAGACUUUAGAUCACUGAAUGGAUUCGUAUGUUUCAUCCAGGUCUCGCUGAUGUUACUGUGUUCGCACACCGUCUUGCCAAGAACCCAUGUAUUCUCUGCUUAUGGCUGAACUUUCUUAAAUGCAAAAGGACUCUGCAACCAUUCACAAGGGAAUGGAUGUACUGUCACUUGUAAGUGUACAAAGCUAUAUUAAAAAGUACAAGAGUACUAUUUUGCAGUCUUAAUAUACACAUUUUUGAUUUAUGUAAAUCACAAGGGAGAGUCAUUUUAUUAUAAUAUAAAAAUGUGUUGAGUAUCGUUUCAAACGUAUAAAAACACUUAAAUAAACAUUAUUUGUGAAUGUCUUGUCACUUGUUUCUUCAGUGUGCAUUACCUGCAAAAUACAAAAGCUGAACUACUGAACUGAACUUUGUGCUAAACAUUCUGUGUCAAAUAUGUAAUAUGUUGGAUAUGUUUAUAGAGAGGAAUCUGUACUGACCCUGUCACAACGAGUGAAAGAGAUUAAAUGGAAUGGAUAAAAUCCCCUUCUCGAAAUAUGACUAAUUCCACAGGCUUGUGUCAGGCUUUGUUUAAAUGCUAAAUGUAGCCCAUGUGCCAUUAGUUAACAUUACUCUUUAUAUCCCUACUC